CCACGUAACAAGGGAGAAGGAAGAAACCUUAAAACGUUUUAUAUCCCACAACACGAAAAAACUCCCCCACACUUCUUCACUUUUCUUCUUCUUCUUCUGAAUUCUAACUUUUUCGUUUUUGGUAUCAGCCUGAACACAUUCAUUCACCAUGAAACUCGAAGCUUUUAUUCCCGCCGUUGUAUUGCUCUGUUUUGGGGUAAUGCUCGGUUUAAAGAGUUCGUGUGCGUUACAGAUGGGUAAAGAGUCGAGGAAUUACAUAAGUUGGGCAGAUUUUAGAGUUGUCGAAAAUGGGAGACUAGAGAGGAGGAUUUUUAGCGUUAAGGAGGAUAAGAGUAACUCGGUGAACACAAACGCUAACGCAAACGCAAAGAACGCGACGAGCGUGGAGAGAACUAUUGUGGUUGAUAAGAACGGUAGAGGUGACUCUGUUACAGUUCAAGGAGCUGUUGAUAUGGUUCCUAAAUCCAAUUCUCAGAGAGUUAAGAUCUUCAUUCUUCCUGGGAUUUACAGGGAGAAGGUGAGAGUGCCGAGAUCAAAACCGUACAUUUCGUUCAUAGGUAAUGAGAGUUGUGUGGAAGAGACGGUGAUUAGUUGGAACGAUAAAGCUUCAGACCUCGAUAGCAAUGGUAACGAACUCGGCACUUGGAGAACCGCGUCUGUUUUCAUUGAGUCUAAUUUCUUCUGCGCUACUGCCAUCACUUUUGAGAACACGGUGGUGGCAGAGGCGGGAGAAAGUGGGAUGCAAGCGGUGGCUUUGCAAGUAUCAGGGGACAAAGCAGUGUUCUAUAAAGUUAGGGUUUUGGGAUCACAAGACACUCUUUUUGAUGAUAAUGGAUCUCACUUCUUUUACCAAUCCUAUAUCCAAGGAAAUGUUGAUUUCAUCUUUGGCAACGGGAAGUCACUUUAUCAGGACUGUCAUAUCCACUCAACCGCAAAGACGGUUGGCGCGAUCGCGGCUCAUCACAGAGACUCACCGACUGAAGAUACCGGGUUCUCGUUUGUGAACUGUGACAUCAAUGGUACUGGCAAGGUUUAUCUCGGAAGAGCUUGGGGUAACUACUCGAGAACUGUUUAUUCCAACUGUUUCAUAGCUGAUAUUAUCACUCGUGUGGGCUGGAGUGACUGGCAAGACCCUAAGAGGCAAAGGACGGCGAUGUUUGGGGAGUACAAUUGCAGGGGAAGAGGGGCAGCGAGAGGAGGCCGAGCACCGUGGACGAAGACUCUUACCAGAGCUGAAGUGAAGCCUUUUCUGAGCAGAGAGUUCAUAUAUGGAAAUCAAUGGCUGAGACUCUAAAUCCGUUUGUUUAACCGGACAUAAAAAAGGUCACAGUGGUCCAGCUAGCUAACAGGAGAUGAUGACCUAACUACACUCUAUUUUACAUUUGUAAUUAGUUUGAAUCUGAGCAGAGUGAUUUAGAA